UGUGUGCGCCAUGUUGUGAAGGUCGGGCCGGAGUGUGCGCGCCAUGUUGGGCGCCGGGAGUGGGUUGCGGAGAAUUACCGGCGCUGUUGUGCGCUCCGGGCCCCGGCUGCUGCAACGCCAAUACCGCAGCGUUUACAGUUUGGAGGUGCUUUACCCGAACAGCAGAGCAGAUUAUAAGGGCCAGGAGGGAGCACAGCAGAAUACCUCCAGCACAGAUAUACCUAUAGACCGACUCUCGGUGACCUACUGUCGGAGUAGUGGCCCUGGGGGACAGAACGUCAACAAGGUGAACACCAAGGCAGAAGUAAGGUUCCAUGUAGCGACAGCUGACUGGCUCUCUGAGGAUGUGCGGAGCACAAUCACCGCCAAGUACCAGAACAGAAUUAAUCGGGCUGGGCAGCUGAUUGUCACUUCGGAAGUCAGCAGGUACCAGAUGAAGAACCUUGCUGAUUGUCUGCAGAAGAUUCGGAACAUAGUGGCAGCAGCAAGUCAACAACCCAAACAACCAUCCAAAGAGGAUGCUGAGACUCGGAGAAUGAGGGUGGAGAAUAUGCAACGAGAACGGCUACGGCAGAAGAGGAUUCAAUCUACCAUCAAAAGAGACCGACGCAUGGGAUUUGAUUGACCAGAUAGUCGCCAACAACAACAUCUGUGAACUUCAAAGGGGUGGAGGGUCAGCUCAAUCAUUAUCUCUACUGUUUUGUACAAAACAUAAAUUAAUAAAAUUGCUGCAAGACUCCA